UUUCUUACUGUUUUCUGGCUUUUCAGCUUGAAGUUGGAAUGUGACAAACUAGCCAGUGAGAAAUCGGAGAUGCAGCGUCACUACGUCAUGUAUUACGAGAUGUCCUACGGGCUGAAUAUUGAAAUGCACAAACAGGCAGAGAUUGUCAAGAGACUGAGUGCCAUCUGCGCCCAGAUGAUACCCUUUCUGACGCAGGAGCACCAGCAGCAAGUCCUGCAGGCUGUGGAGCGGGCCAAGCAGGUGACCAUGGGGGAGCUGAACAGCAUCGUUGGGCAGCAGCAGCUUCAGCACCUCUCCCACCACGCAUCCCCCAUCCCGCUGACACCCCACCCCUCCAGCAUGCAGCCUUCUAGCCUGAGCGGGGUCAGCAGCACCUCGGGGCUCCUGGCCCUCUCGGGGGCACUGAUGGCACAGUCUCAGCUGGCUGCCAAGGAGGACGGAGCAGCCCACGAUGGGGACAGAAGAGAGCGCACCCCAAGCCGGAGCGCGUCCGCUUCCCCUCCCGAGAGCCUGCAGGAUGAGGAGCGGACAGGAGGCACGGGGCUGAAGCGGAAGCGGGAGGAGAAGGACCUGCCUGGGCAUUACGAUAGUGAUGGGGACAAGAGCGACUACAACCUUGUGGUGGAUGAGCCCCAGCCGUGCAUCCAGCAGCCGGCUCCUGCCAGCCCACCGGGAGAUGCCGGGGAGCCCUGCCUCCAUCUCCUCCAGCCGGAGCACGACGCCCCUCCGGCCGAAGGAGCCGAGUCUGCUCUCCGCAGCCCGCUGAGUUUGUCCGGCCCCUACACGUCCUCCUUCGGGAUGGUGCCCCACGCCACCCUCAACGGGGAGCUCCCAGCCCCCAGCAUGUACAUGGGCAUCCACCUCUCGCCGCAGGUCAGCAGCACCGUCAUGUACGGCCGGUCCCCGAUGGUGGCUUUUGAGUCGCACCCUCACCUGAGGGCUUCCACCAUCUCAUCUUCACUCCCCACCAUUGCUGGAGGGAAACCGCAGUUUCAAGGCCACACGGAUGGUGCCAGCUGCAUCGACAUCUCUAACGAUGGCACCAAGCUGUGGACAGGGGGGCUGGACAACACGGUGCGGUGCUGGGACCUGCGGGAAGGGCGUCAGCUGCAGCAGCACGACUUCAGCUCCCAGAUCUUCUCCCUGGGGUACUGCCCGACGGGAGAGUGGCUGGCGGUGGGCAUGGAGAGCAGCAACGUGGAGAUCCUUCACGUGAGCAAACCGGACAAGUACCAGCUGCACCUCCACGAGAGCUGCGUCCUCUCCCUCAAAUUCGCCUCCUGCGGGAAAUGGUUCGUGAGCACGGGGAAGGACAACCUGCUAAACGCCUGGCGGACGCCCUAUGGGGCCAGCAUCUUUCAGUCUAAAGAGUCCUCAUCGGUGCUGAGCUGCGAUAUCUCCAUCAACGACAAAUUCAUCGUUACGGGCUCUGGCGACAAGAAGGCCACAGUGUACGAGGUGGUGUACUGAGGCCCCGUCCCUCGCCACCCCUCAGGGACGGGGCCAGCCCCAGCCAUCGGGGCUGAUGGAGGCCUCCUGGGGCCAGCCCCCCUGCAGCCCUGCUCCCCCCUCUUCCUCCUCUCAGCCGCCAAAACAA